UACUGGCCAAUCAACGCUGCCUAGUCACGGAAAUCGGAACUCGGUCGUACGUUCAGUACGCGCGCGUCUUUUUCGACUACCGUUUAACAAAUCGUGGAGGACUCUUGGCACGAAAGAACAAAAUAUUUUUUUCAUUAUCAAAGGACUCUUGGACGUAACGGAUAAUCAUGAAGGGGGUCAUCCGGGUGUGCUGGAUAUUGGCGGCGUGCAUAUGUGUCUCGGAAGCGAGAUACAAAAUGAGAAGACCUUUGACUCCACCGUCUCAGCAGGCGGCCCAAAUCUACAAAAAAUCUUGGCCAAUCGCCCACAGAAUGUCUAUGGGAAAUACGAUCCAUAUCGGGGGCAAUCAUGGCCACAAAAGGCCGUUGUACAAACCCCCUAAUUACCGGGUACGUCGUCCUCCAGUUUACAACGUUUUGCCCACUGCCUGGAAAAACCAAAUUCCUGUUCUCGGCGUAAUAAACAGCCACGCAGUUUUGCCUCAACGGCCACCAGUCAAAGAAUUCCAUUCCAUGAACAAACUGCCGGAAUACAGCCCCGAAUACCGGCCGGAAACGGUGGUCAUGCCACCGACCCACAGAGGCGGAAUGGACGACGAUAAAGGAGCGAUUCACACGAUCCCAGCCCCGAAUCUUAGUCUCGCUGACAAGCCUUACAGUCUCGUGGAAGGAAAUCCCUCAGAAAAUAAUCACGAGGACCAGGUUUCACACCAUCAAUAUUCCAGCGAUGGACAGUACAAUCCGAAUAAUCCAGGCGCCCUCGGCACGAACUACGGUUACGGAACCCUGGUGACAAGUCCAGCGCCUCAGAGACCAGUAACGAGUCCAGUAUCAACGAAAAAUCAGUACGAAGUUACAGAAACGAAUGAAAUAGGCUCGAGAGAUUAUCAGACAGCGCAGCCGACCUUUUUCACUCCCGAGUUCGAUGUAACGAGGUUGGCGACAUCGCCGAACCUGGAUCUCCAGACGAACGAAUUAUACGUUAAUCACGGAGGUGUGAUAAACCCCCUGAAGCCGGGUCUCGUCAACGGAAACGUCCAGUUCGGUAAUUCCAACUCACCGAUGCAAACAAAUCUACACAGUUCGCUUCACGUUGGUUUCCCAGGAAGCGCAGCCCAGGCGCCGUCCUCGCUGGGCCAACAAAUCCCUGACCUCCACGUCGGUCAUCCUGCACCGGCUGGACCACCGCUGUCAGCGACCCAGCUGUACGAUCUGCUCAACAGUUUUCCGCAACAGUUGAACGAGCAGUAUGCAAAUGGACAGCAGCCUCAGCUGCAGCAGCAAAUCCUUCAACAACAGCUCGGUCAGCUGUUCCAACCGACCGGAGGGCUCACCAGCUUCUCGCAGCCUCAAAUGCACUCUUUCAAUUACGACGAGCAAGCCAACAAACGACAACAACAGCAACAGUUCCAGCAUCAGCAGCAGCAGCAGCAGCAGCAGCAGCUUCAACUUCAGCUUCAACAAGAACAACAAGAGCAGCAGCAACAUCAAAUUUUGAUCGACCAAGGAUACGGAUCUGGUCGGGUCACAGCUGAUUACAACUUGGAACCAGAAACAGCUGGGAACGUCCCAAUUCCCAACGGCCAGGAGAACCACCUGAACGCUGAGGAAGUUGCCUACAGAGGCGCGGAGCCAACCGAUCAGGCUGAAAAUCAUAUCGAGUACGAAGAAUCGAGCAAUCAAAGAGGACAGAAUACUUACUUCAACAAAGUCAGCAACGAGGGGAGCAUCGCGACCCAAUUUUUCACUACUCUCCCUAACAAAGAAGCCGCUGAAAAAUUAGCUGCUCUUGCUGCCGCUGGAAACGUCAACAGUCAUCUGAUCGGACAACUGAGAAAACAGCAGCAACAGCAACAGCAACAGCAGCAGCAGCAGCAGCAGCAGCAGCAAAAGUUCGACGACGAUGAAGAAAUUCAGAGCGAUCAACCACUCCCGGCCAAUCACAAAGGCAGCGAAUACGAAGUCAACGAAUCGCAGCAAGAAGAUUUCAACUAUGAUUCCCAACAACAGUACAAUGAUGAACAACAGGAAGAAUUUGAUCAGCAGCAAAUCUAUGAUGAACAACAAAAACAGUAUGAACAACAAAUUUAUAACAGACAGAAUUUCCGACAGCAACAACAAGUCCGACAGCGGGAGCAGGAAUCAAAUGAUCGCUACCAACAACAGAGACUGGCACAUUUGCAGCAACGAGAGCAAGAGCGCGAGGAUGAAAAGCCGAAAGAGGAAAAAAAGAGACCCAUGAGAAUAAUGGUACCGGACGUGGAGGAAUACACCGAGGAAAAUCGACCCCGUACUUCCGAUGAACCAGAAAAUACGAGCGAAGAUUAUGACUAUGAGAAUCCGCACAGUGGCGUCACUAACUCUCGAACAACCGUGUCUUCGAGUGUACAAACGACUUUUGAGGAAAAUCCAAAUUCUGAAUUCGGUACACGCCUUACGUCUAAAAAAGGCCACUAAUUGGAGGUCCUCAAAACGCUUCUCGAUCGAUAUCAAUACACAUUGUAAAUAUUUCGCUAAUUAUUUCAAUUCCAUAAAUUGCUCUCAUUCACACGAUUGAUCGAGGGUCUCGUUUUGUUAAAAAAAAAAAAAACGCAUUUUGUCACAAUUCGAAUCAUUUCAAACACCUCAAUUAUCACAUUUUCUCGUUUUCAUCAUUAUUUCUGCUUAUUGCUCAAAAUUUCUCAACUCAUGAAAACAAGAUUACGUCUAUUGUAUACGGAGAUGACAAUGAAACUGGUUGCUUUUUACUUCCAUUGAUUGACUUCGCUAUAAAAUUUAUGGAAAUUGUCAAAUUCUCAACUCACCAAGUCUCUAAAGACUGAUAAUUACGGAAAUUCUUUUCCCUUCGUUAACAGUCAGCACGAAAUUGAGUUACUAGAAAAUAGGAGCUCUAACAAUAUUUAUUUGGCGCAGAUGUUCGUCCAAAGCGCCCGAAAAAGUGUGUCGAUUUAUUAGAAAUAAUUAUUUAUUCUAUAGGUUUAUUCUUGUUGGCGUAGUGAUUUAUUUAUUGUGCUUGUUAUUUGAGUAAAUGGAUUGUUAUCUUGUCAUCUUGA